AUGCAUGAUCUUCCGCUAGAGCUACACGAGCAAAUUCUCCUCAGGCUUGACGUGAAAGCUCUCUUGAGAUUCAAGUGCGUCUGCAGUUGCUGGAAUGAUCUAAUCUCCAGUUCUCGUUUUGCGGAGCGACAACUAGAGCUAUCAAUAGCCGACCACGAGGAAAAGCAUCAUCGGAUUCUGCAAACGUUUCCGCUGGCCACCGUCGAAUUUAAUGAAUGUGGUGGCCAUAGAAUAAGUAAACGGAUUCCUCUUCCUCCUCAAUUUUCAUCCCAUUACUUAAGGAUCUUGGGUUCUUGCGAUGGCUUAAUAUGCUUACUGAAUUUUUCUGCACCCUCACUUUUUUUUAAUAGCAAGGAUAUAUUGAUAUGGAAUCCUUCUACGAAAGAAUUAUUGACUAUACCUAGCCCUUUUGGCCUUGUUGAUCCUGAAUUCUGUUGGUUCGGCCGCGAUAGCAAUAUUAUUGGUGCCUACAAACUUGUUAUAGGCCUUCGUACCCAAAUAUAUUCUUCAGAGGACCUUCCUAUAAUCCGUAUACUGUACUCAUGUGGAGGUGGAAUUUACAAAUGGAGAGGGAUUGAAACAAAAUUUGGGAGUGAAAUAAGAUCUUUUUCCGAUUCAAGGGGUACCCAUCUGAAUGAAAUUGUUCAUUGGCCAUCAUCUAGUUCCUGGUUUAGUCAUGUUGUGGUUACGUUUGAUUUGUCACAGGAAAAGUUUGGGACAAUACCGGUGCCCAACAUGUUACAUCGAAAUAAUGGCUUCACAAUCGGGGUUUUUGAGAAAUGCCUAUGUGCAAUUUUUAAUUUUAGCCCCCAUAAAAGAUACUGGUGGGAUAGAUUUGAGGUAUGGAUGAUGAAAGAAUAUGGGGUGAAAGAAUCUUGGACAAUGUCGAUGACAUUAGAGGGAUUGGAAGCUUUUUCAAUUAGGCCACUAGCGUUUUUGAAGAAUGGAGAACUAAUCGCGGAUGUUGAUGACAAUACACACGUCAAAACAUAUGUAAGGUAUAGUUUUAAAGAGAAGGCUGCUGAAGUUCUUAAAAAACACAAUGGCGAAAACUCAGAUGCAAUCACAUAUGUGGAGAGCUUGAUUUCACCUAAAGCACAAGUCAUAUGCGGAGAGCUUGGUUUCACCUAA